AUGUCCUUCGCUGUGACCUUUAAAGCAGAUCUGUCCACGACCGAGGUUCAUGAUGACAGGAUCAAAGGGCCUUUAAAGGUGGGACUUGUUGUGGAGGUGAAAAAUCAAGACGGAGUUUACCAGGAAGCCACGAUCAAUAAGCUGACCGACGCCAGUAUAUACACCGUGGUGUUUGAUGACGGGGACGAGAAGACUCUGCGGCGCUCCUCUCUCUGUCUGAAAGGAGCUCGCCACUUUGCAGAGAGCGAGACGCUUGAUAGACUGCCCCUGACAAACCCAGAGCACUUCGGCACUCCUGUCAUCGGCAAGAAGGGCAACCGCGGACGCCGAUCCAACCCUGUCCAAGAAGAGGAGCUGUCUUCCUCCUCCAGUGAAGACGAGGACAGCGACCAGCGGCCCAACGAGGACCUGUUUGGGAAAGUGGUUUGCGUGGAAGGCGUCGUCACGGGGGACAAGAGGCGGACCACGUGGUACCCGGCGCUGGUGAUCUCCCCAGAUUGUCACGAUGACGUCACUCUGAAAAAGGACAACGUUUUCGUCCGAUCGUUCAAGGACGGGAAAUUCCACAUGGUACUGCGAAAAGACCUGAAAGAAAUCAACCCUGAUUGUCCUCCAAAGGCCGAUGCCACGCUCCGACCCGCUCUGGACGCCGCCCUGGACUUCCUGCUGCAGCUGGUGGUGCCGAGCGGAUGGAAAACUGAAGUGAAGGAGGAGAGCUCGAGCAGCGAGGAAGACGAGGAUGAAGAGGAGGAGGAGCAGGAGGAAGAGGCCAACAGAGUGGAGGAGGAGGAGGAGGUGGAGCCGUAUCCAGAGGAGAGGGAAAACUUUCUACAGCAGCUUUACAAGUUCAUGGAGGACCGAGGCACCGCCAUCAACAAGCGCCCGGUUCUGGGCUACAAGAACCUGAACUUAUUUAAGCUCUACAGACUGGUGCAGAAACUCGGCGGCUUCGACAACAUCGAAAGCGGGGCCGUUUGGAAACAAGUCUAUCAAAAUCUGGGAAUCCCUAUCCUCAACACGGCUGCCGGCUACAAUGUGAAAUGUGCUUACCGCAAGUACUUGUACGGCUUUGAGGAAUACUGCAACUCCACGGCCAUUUGCUUCAGGAUGGAUCUCCCGCUGAAGCAGGGGCCCAAGGCUGAAGGGAAGCCAGACGGGGAGAAGGGAUCGACCGGAUCCAGUUCAAAUGAGAACCGAAUCCAGGAAGAACCAGGGACACUACAGCCCACCGCCUGCAAGGAGGAGAAGCCAGAAGUGCACAACAAAGCGGAGAGUGAAUCCUCAAAACCAGAUCGAACAGAAAACGAUCACGAAGAGGUGGAUUCAAACAAAGGCGACGCAGACGAAGGCUCCUCCACGGGACGACUGGGGCCGGACAGCGCCAAGAGAGACGAGGAGCAAGAGGCCAAAGACAACUCCGGGGAUGACAGCAGUCAGGAGGGGGAGGAAGGGGAGGAGGAGUUUGAGUGUUACCCCCCGGGGAUGAAGGUGCAGGUGAGGUAUGGGCGAGGCCGCUCUCUGAAGACGUACCCAGCCACUGUGAAAGAGGCAGACGUGGAGGGGGGAGAGGUGCUCUACCUGGUGCACUACUGUGGCUGGAACAUCAGAUAUGACGAAUGGGUCAAAGCUGACAAGAUUUUACGGCCAGCGAAUAAGAAUGUUACCAAAAUAAAGCACCGCAGGAAAAUAAAGAACAAGGGAGAGAGAGAGCUGGACCGACUGGAGCGGCUCAAUCAAAGGGAAGGUCUCGGCUUGAAUCGUGGCCCUCGACCCAAAUGUCUGAGUCAGGACGUUUUCUCCAAAAUGGACGAUGCCGACGACAGAGUGAACACGCAGUCUUCUGCCAAGUCGAUAGAAAUCACAUCUAUCCUCAAUGGACUACAAGCAUCAGAGAUGUCAACAGACGAGAGUGAGCAUGAGGAAGAGGAGUCCGGGCGCACAGAGGUGCGACCUGGUCGUGGGAGAAAAACCCCUUUAAGCCCCCGUCCCUCUGCAGAGAGCUGGGAGUCAGCAGCUCCUCCUGAGACCUCCAAACCUGCACCAGGAAAGUCCCAGGAUGCAAUUGGGGCUGAGAGCAUUGACACUGUGAAGAGGAGGAUCCAGGCUGAACCUGAGCCAGAGGUGAGCGGCAGGAAGAGGAAGUCUGACGGGGAGAAGACCAAGGGCCACAAAACCAAGACCCGGAGCACGAGGAGCACAGACUGGCUCCCUGGGACGUCUCCACGGAAACAGGACAAAGGAGCUGUGCCCGCAGGAGACAGCAGCAGCUCAGAGGAUGAGAGCAUCACAGACGCUCCGCCAGUGAUCAGUGAGCGUGGCCGCCCCAAGACCAAAGGAGCUCCGUCAAAAAAGUACAACGGCCUGAAGGAGAAGAACAAGGCGGCGCGACAGGCAGGAUUCUGGGACAUCCCAGAGAAAAGGACCAAGACUUCUCCAAACUCAGAGGAGCGACCUGCCGUGCGCUCCAAGGGACAGAAGGACGUGUGGUCCAGUAUCCAGGCCCAGUGGCCCAAAAAGACUCUGAAGGAGCUGUUUUCUGACUCUGACACAGAGGCAGCUAACUCCCCGCCUCCCCCGGUCCCGUCCUGUUUGAGUGACCAGCAGGACGCUGAGGGGGGUCCGGAGGACGAGGCGUCCGAGGAGCACAUGGACCUGGACAAACAGGAGUUUCCCAGCAGCAGCAGUAACUCUGUGCUGAACUCUCCGCCCUCCACCCCUGGCUCUCCUUCAGGAGGAGGCAGUGCGGUGGAGGACUCUGGACCUCCGCAGCCCCCCUCACCUCACCUUGUCAUUCCUCCCACUCCUCUGCAGGAGCCCUCCGCCCCGCUACCCCCUGAGCCCUCUGCAGAGGAGGCUCCGGGCCGCAGUGAGUCUGACAGCAGCACUGUGGAGGUGGAGAGUCUGGGGGAGCAGGACCUGCCUCAGGACGAGGGGGCCGGCUCCCUCUCAAAACCCUUUGACCCCAGUUUGUCCUGCAACAGCAGCAGCUGCAGCCUGGAGCUGAGCAGCAGCAGCCCGCAGGAAAGCGAGCAGAAAGCCAAAGCAUCAGUGUGUCAGAAACGGCAGAAAGAAUCUCUGCCUGUAGUUGCCGCAAAGAAACACAAGCCAAACCGAAAGAGCCUCGGUGUGCCUCCCAAAAAGAACAGGAAAACAGCCAACAGCAGUGACAGUGAAGACCAGUGUGUGACUGAGGCCAAACCCUCUGCCUCUAAAAACCCCCCACUGGAAUUGAAGUCUGUGGUUUCACCCAAGUGUCCCGGCCGCUCUCCCACCUCCAGCCAUAAAUACCACAAACAGAGCGACAUGGACCACUCCCACCACCAGAGGGAGCACCAUCACCACAGUCGAUCACCACGGGUCUACAAAUGGAGCUUCCAGAUGACUGAUCUGGAGAAGAUGAACAGUCUGGAGAGGAUAUCAUUCCUUCAGGAGAAACUACAGGACAUCAGGAACCACUACCUCUCGCUCAAAUCAGAGGUGGCGUCCAUCGACCGACGAAGGAAACGCAUGAAGAAAAAAGAACGGGAAAGUGCUGUGGCGGCCUGCUCGUCCUCCUCCUCUUCCUCCUCUCCCUCGUCCAGCUCCCUCACAGCAGCAGUGAUGCUGACGUUAGCCGACCCUCCCGUGUCCUCCUCAUCCUCUCAAACAUCUGGGGUCUCGGUGGAGUGUAGGUGA